AAUAAUCGGCCUGCCUCCACACUUCACAUACGGUAGGCGAAUUUUCUAGACCAAUGCAGUUGCAAAUAUUUGUAAAAUAAGAAGGACAACCAUGCUGCAAUGUUACAAUAGAGGUUGUGGCCAGCGCUUCGAUCCCGCCACCAAUUCGGAUGAUUCUUGCCGGCAUCAUCCGGGUACUCCGUUCUUCCAUGACGCCUACAAGGGCUGGUCAUGCUGCAGUAAAAAGUCGGUGGAUUUCACAGAAUUUCUGAACAUCAAAGGCUGCACCUUGGCCAAACACUCCAAUAUUAAACCUGUCGAGCCGGAGAAGCCGGUCAAAGACGAUAAGGAGGACAGCGAGCCGGUGGAAGUUGAAGUGCGUGCUCCCAUAAAGCAAGCGCUGCCAAGACCAGCCAUAGAAACGCCAUUUACUGUUCUGCAACCAACAGUGGCUCCUGCCUUAAAGGAAUCCAUUGAUGCAUUGAAAAGCAGACCAACUGCUGCGCCCGCAGCAACUGAAGCUAGCGAAGAUGGCAUUGCUGUGGGCACCAACUGCAAAAACAUUGGCUGCACAUACUCCUACACGAACACGAGCAGCGACUACGGCGAGUGCACCCAUCAUCCUGGCGUACCCAUAUUUCAUGAAGGCCUAAAGUUUUGGUCGUGUUGCCAGAAGCGUACCUCGGAUUUUGCACAAUUUAUGGCCCAAAAGGGCUGUGUUUAUGGUCAACAUAAAUUUGUUAAAAAUGAGGAGGAUAAAAAUGUUGUCACAUGCCGCUACGAUUGGCAUCAGACGGCCACAAAUGUGGUUGUCGCAGUCUAUGCCAAAAAAUAUCAUUACGCCCAAAGCGUGCUGGAAGUGAAUCCGAUUCGUCUGCACAUAAUGCUGGUAUUUCCAGAGCAGGAAAAUGCCAAGUUCAACUUGGACCUAGAACUGCGUGGUAUUAUCAAUGUACAAAAGGCUUCGGCACAAAUGUUUGCUACCAAGGUUGAGAUAACGCUACCAAAGCUAGAGCCAGGCUCAUGGUCAAAUCUUAGUUUUCCACGAGAACGACUGCCAGCUGCAGUAAAAACUUCUGCUGCAUGCAAGCCAAAUGAAGAUGGAAGUGAUGACGAGUUCUUCGAUCUGGACGACAUUGAACUUGUUCAGCGCCAUGGAAUUAAGUUAUCCGAAAUGAGUAUGCAAAAGCCAAAUGGAUUGGAUUAAUUUAAUAGCAAAACUAGCAUUUUAUUUAAAACACCAAGUGGAGGCCUCACUGUGUGCUGAGCGCUGUUUUUGUUCGCAAUAAACACAAGAAUGCCUUAUAGAAA